GCUAUUUGAUCUUAUGUUUUGUGUCGCUUAAACACACAUGGAAUUUCCAUUCCUGUAGAUUAAUACAUUAAACGCAUCGAAUUUAUUGAAUGGCUGCUUACAAAGCUAUUGUCACUGGUGGAGCAAAAGGCAUUGGUUAUGCACUUACCUCGGCAAUAGUAGCUGCAGGAGGAAAGGCUCGUUUUCUGGAUGUGUUAGCCGCGGAAGGAGUGAAGGCGCAGAAAACAUUGGAUGAAACAUAUGGCAGAGGAAAUGCCGUAUUCGUACAAUGUGAUGUCACAAAAAAGGACGAACUACGGGCCGCAUUUAGCGAAGCAAAAUCUCAAAUGGAUGGCGUGAACGUUGUAUUCAAUAAUGCUGGGGUAAUAAGCUUAUCACUUGAAGAUGAAAAAAGUCGUUAUGAAGAAAUUAUGGCUAUCAAUUUGGGUGGUGUCAUAAGUGGAAGUAUCUUUGGUCUUGAAUUGAUGGGAAAAGGGUAUGGUGGUGACGGUGGUGUUAUCAUUAACACAGCUUCAUUUGCAGCUUUUAUCCCGCCUUUUUUUCCACAUCUACCAGUGUACUCAGCUGUAAAGACAGGUGUCGUUCAAUUCACACGAUGCCUCGCGCAGACAUCUCUUGCGGAACAUAACGUCAGAGUGAACUGCGUAUGUCCUCAUGGUGUUUGGACUGACAUGCUAAAAUCUAACAUUGAGCAUGAUCAAAAGAAAUUAGCUCAACUUCCUCAGGAGCAGCGUGAUAAGAUGAACGCAUAUUUUGAAGAAGUAUCCAAGCAGUUUCUUGAACCUACAGAUGUCAGUAACGAAGUUAUGAAACUGAUAAAGGAUAAGUCAAAGAACGAUCAAGUGUUAUCUAUCGCGAGGAAUCCAAACGAUCCAGCUCACAUAAUCGCUCAAAACCAUCCAACAAUGGCUAUGCAGCAAUGAAACAUCAUCAUUUUAGGUUUAAAUUCAAAUUAACUUUUUCAGUAUUACUUUAUUAUUUGCCAUAUUUGCUAGUCAUGUUAUAAUUAAAAUUUAUUACA